GAAACUACAAUGGACUAUAUAUAAUAUUAUAAUAUAUUGUUGAUAGAAUAAAACAACUGCAAUCGGCAACAUAUGUAUAUCAUAUAUAUGUAUAUAUAGAAUAUGAAACUGGAAUUUACAAGUGUCCGGUUGCUUACAAAGGAGCUCGUAUCCAGUUUGAAAUAAGCGUUAGUCGUAAAUUAUUCAGUAUUUUAAAUUAAUUAUUAAAUUAAUUACAAAAAAUGGAUACCGUUAAAUUGUUAAAAUUUUUUUCUGAUUACGAAGAUUCAAGUGCGAUUGUUGAAGCAGAACCGGCAUUUAUAAAAGUGUAUCGUGAAGAAAAUAAAGUGUCGGUUACUGAUAAAUUAAUCAAAAAUCCCAAUGGAUCUUUGGCGCAAGCGGCAGACCUGCAGUACACAUUUUUCCGGAAUCGUCAGAAGAGAAGUUUGAUGGAAUCAAAUUUUCAAAGCCUGCUGUUUGGUAGCAAACCUGAGGAAAAUCAGAACCUCGCAUCAUCUGCCAGUGUCCCGGACUUGGUGCAGCAGGCAAAGGCCUUGGAGCUGGAGGAAGAAUCAGCGGGACUUUUGAAUAGUUCUUCAAUUGAUCGCGAGAGUCUGCCGAUUUAUAAUAUGAAGGAUGAGUUGAUAAAAGCUGUAAGCAAAAAUCAAUUUUUGAUUAUUCUUGGGGAAACUGGGUCUGGUAAAUCGACCCAAGUCACUCAGUUUUUGGUAGAUGCUGGAUUUGGGGAAAAAGGGAAAAUAUGUUGCACGCAACCGAGAAGAGUCGCGGCGAGAUCGAUUGCUGAGAGAGUUGCUGAAGAGUUCGGGUGUCAUGUUGGCGAAGAGGUUGGCUAUGUAAUGCGAUUUGAUAAUUUCACAAGUGAUAAAACAAUUAUUAAGUAUGUUACUGAAGGUAUACUUCUGCGUGAAUGUAUUUCCCAUCCGGAUUUAAAGCCUUACAAAGUAAUAAUGCUCGAUGAAGCUCACGAGCGUACAAUUUAUACAGAUGUUUUGUUUGGAUUAUUAAAAAUAAUAGCCACUCGAAGAAGUGAUCUAAGGAUAAUAGUAACAAGUGCUACACUAAAUGCUACCAGAUUUUCCGAGUACUUUAAUGACGCCCCGAUUUUCAAAAUUCCUGGACGUACAUUUGAUGUCAAGGUAGACUUUUUGAAGUCACCUGAAUUGGAUUUCAUAGAAGCGACUUCAGCUGCUGUGCUGCGGAUCCAUCAGCAAGAACCACCGGGAGAUAUUUUGGUAUUUCUAACUGGUCAACAGGAGAUCGAGGAAGUCUGCAGGAUUCUUCGUAAGCGACUGGAGUCUCUGGGCCCAGAUGUCGGUGAGCUGGUGAUUCGUCCGGCGUAUGCCGCUUUGUCGUCCUCUCAGCUGAACGAAAUAUUUGAUCCCGUACCUGCAGGAUCACGCAAAGCUGUCGUGGCAACGAAUAUCGCUGAGACAAGUAUCACUAUCAAUGGGAUUUAUUAUGUCGUGGAUGCUGGCUUGGCCAAGCAGGUGGUUUUCAAUCCAAAGACAGAAAUAUGUUGUCUGCUGACGACACCCAUCAGCCAGGCUUCUGCGAUCCAGCGCGCGGGACGUGCAGGCAGAACUGGGCCAGGGAAAUGCUACAGAUUGUAUACUGAAAAGGCUUUUGAAGAAGAAAUGUGGUCUACAACUAUUCCAGAAAUAAAGAGGGUCAAUUUCUCGUCAACUUUGCUGCAGUUGCUGGCAAUUGACGUCUUCCGUUUGUCGUCCAGUGGUUUUAUGGAUUUUCCGUCCCGAGAUUUCAUGCUGCUCGCGCUCAAGACACUGCACAGUCUCAGAGCUGUUGAUGAAAAAGGAAUUACCAAUAUGGGGAAAAUGAUGGCAUCGUUUCCUGUAGAUCCCUGUCUUGCAAGAAUGCUAAUUAUGAGCGUACUUUUCAAAUGCUCUGAAGAAAUACUGACAAUAGUCAGUAUUUUCUCUGUAAUUGAUCACUUUCAGCGUUUCUUUUACCACCUGCCAGGUGACAAAGAAAAAGCGACUGAUGUGAAAAGUAGGAGAGAUAAAUUUGUAAACUCCGAUGGCGACCAUCUGACUUUUUUGGCUGCAUAUAACUUGUGGAAUGAAAGUGAUGAUGGUGAUGACUGGUGCUCGGAGAACUAUGUCAACCACAGCGUAUUAGUGUCGGCUCAAAAAAUUCGUAAGCAUUUGGCCGAGCUGAUGGAGAAACAUCAUUUUGAAGUCACAUCAGCAAAUAACAACAUGGAACCAGUUAAACUGGCCAUUUGCUCUGGACUGCUUCGCAACGUGGCAAGAUUGCAUGAUCUCAUCAUCAAGAGCUACUACCAAACUGUUGUCAGCAAUCAGCUGGUACACAUUCACCCGAGCAGUAUUUUAGCAGACAAAAAAGAAAAGUACUUGGUUUAUCACGAACUAUCACAAAUUCAAACCCAAAGAGUCUUCAUGAAGUAUGUGAUGGCUAUCAAGCCGCAGUGGGUCGCCGCGUUUGCUAAUUAUGAUUUUUCUAAAAUUGACUGGCUCAAUAUUCCCAUAUAAAUUUAUGUUUAUUACUUAUAAUAUUUAUGUGCAAACGUUUUCAAUAUUUUAUUUUCAUCUUUUGCUAGAUAAAUUUCUUUGUAAUGAUUUAUUACUAAUCAUUUUUCUAUAAAUAAAAUUUAAAUAAAUAUAUAUAUUC